AUGGAACAGAAUAAUGGCACUGAAGUAAUUGAAUUCAUUCUUCUGGGAUUUGCUGCUCAACACAAGUUUUGGCACAUAUUCUUUGUAGUAUUUUUGUUGAUCUACAUAAUCAUCUUAGUAGGUAAUAUUGGUGUGAUCCUCCUCAUCAAGAUAAAUUCUUCCCUCCACACUCCCAUGUACUUUUUCCUCCAGCAGUUGGCAUUUGUGGAUCUCUGCUAUGCCUCUGCCAUCACCCCCAAGAUGCUGGGAAACUUCAUAGGAACAAAGCCCUCCAUCUCCUUCACAGGGUGUGCAGUGCAGUUACUAGUCUAUGGGACUUUUGUGACCAGUGACAGCUACAUCCUGGCUUCCAUGGCUGUGGACCGUUACGUGGCCAUCUGCCACCCACUGCACUAUCCUGUUGUCAUGUCCCGGAGAUUCUGUGUUCAGCUGCUGGUUGGUUCAUACAUCAUGGGUCUCCUAAAUGCUUUCGUAAACACAGGUUUUACUUUCUCCUUGAAAUUUUGCAAAUCCAACGCAAUCAAUCACUUCUUCUGUGACGUGCCUCCCAUUCUUGCCCUAUCAUGUUCCAGGAUUGACUUCAAUGUCAUGCUACUAGCAGGGUUUGUUGGGUUUAACUUGUCACUGACUGUACUGGUUGUCAUCUUCUCCUACGCCUACAUCCUGGCUGCCAUCCUGAGGAUAUCUUCUGCUUCGGGAAGGAAGAAGGCCUUCUCCACCUGCGCAUCCCACCUGACAGCAGUCACCAUUUUCUGUGGGACCCUCUCCUAUAUGUAUGUACGCCACGGAACCGACAAGUCUCAAGAGCAGGAAAAAGUGGCCUCUGUUUUUUAUAGUAUUAUGAUUCCCAUGCUAAACCCUCUCAUCUACAGCCUAAGGAACCAAGAUAUGCUAGAAGCUCUGAAACACUUAGGAAAUAAGUGCUCCUAG